ACGCUCUCCCUCUCUUUUCCAUCCUUCUCGUCGCUCUUCUCGGUUGUUUUUUCUUCCAUUUGACUAUGCACUCCAUCCUCAGUUUCCGUACCAGUACCAACUACAACACCGGACUAUUGAGAAGCAGAAAAGAGCCAGGCUUUAUAGCCAAGAGUAAUAGAAGAGCCGAGAUCCGGAAUUACUUCCCGGUCGGCGCUUAAUAUUCGAAAUUCAGUGGGUUUGUUUUUUUGCGGUGUACGUGUGUUGGUGAUCGUUUUUUUGUCAAUUGCCAAAACAAUUAGAAUUGCGGAUUCAGGUGAUGCCGCGACGAACAAGAAAUUUGGAUUUUUCCGCCAUCUGUGACUGUUGUGUCGUGUCGGAUCGCCGUUCGAUUGAAUCCGCUGGAAUUACAGGGAAUUACCGCCGCAAUUGAACGCUGAUAACAAUUUGUGCGUGUUUUUUUUUUAAGGAUUUGGAAUGGAGUUUCUUCAUACCCUCAUCUGGCUUCUCUCUUGUUGGACCAUAGCCCAGUGCAACACUCCACCCACCAUCGUAGCCGAGCGAUCUUGGAGCCUGCCGGAAAACACGGCCGUCGGUGCACGCGUGAGCCAAUUUCGGGGGCAAGACUCGGAUGACGACGCCCUGAAUUUCUUCAUCGGAGCGCCGUCCCUGCUGCCCGGAUUGCGUUUUCUCGAUGGCUCCCGAUUCUUCCACGUCGACUCACGAUCGGGCGCCGUCCUCCUCAAGGAGCCGCUCAAUGGAAUGCGUGGCCAGCGGCUCAUGAUUGGCGCCGGUGUCAACGAUGGAGUUUACAACGCUAAAAUGGAUAUCGUCAUCCAGGUGACGCCAUCCGACGGAUCCCAAUUGCCACCGUCUAACAAUCGCUUCAACUCCGUUCCCUUGCCGGCCAAUGUCAAUCCACCUCCUCUUCUUUCAUCCGCAAUCUCGCCCUCUUUUCCACCCCGUCCUCCAGCCCCACCUCGCAUUACUUCCGGCUCAUCGUCAUCAUCAGGAGAAGUGGAUUUCAGUAAUAGUUUUGUGGCACCGCCUAUCAAGCCGGUGACGGCACAAGCUGAUUGGUCCAUCACUCCUUCACCUCCGCAUCAAGCCCUGGCCUCGCGGAUGCCUCUGCAGACGGGCUCCCUGGAGACCCACACGACUGAGCAAGCGUCAACCGUCGAUCCUGCUGGUCAGGUCAAAGCGACUCACGUGGAAUUUCCCGUCACCACCGUCAUCGUUCCUAUCGUCAUCGGACUGGUGGUGAUGAUCCUGGUGAUUCUGGGCUCGUCUCUGGCCUGGAUGCGGAUGAAACGGUCCGGGCGAUCGAGCAGCAGUCAAACUGGUCGCUCGUCAUCCAUCGACGAAGAGAAGGAAAGCAAAGUCGAGGCCGUGAAGACCAUCAGCAACAUGACGACGACGUCUUCGGUCGACGAGGAUGAGCACGCCAUCUCCUUGCAGCACUGGAGCAGCAAGAAAGCUGUCAGCAAUCGCUACGAAUCGUGGCAUAUAGGAGAGAUUGAUCAGGAAUGGAGAAACAAGAAUCAAACGGAAGAUGGCUGGGAAUUUCCACGUCAUCGAUUGCACGUCAUUAGCAUUUUAGGCGAAGGCUGUUUCGGCCAAGUCUGGAAGUGUCAAGCUCUCAAUAUCGCAGGCCUUGAGGGUUCAUCGUUUGUGGCCGUCAAAACAUUGAAAGAAUCGGCCGGAGACAAAGAGAGACAGGACCUCCUGAAAGAACUUCAAGUAAUGAAGAGCCUCAAGCCACAUCCUAACAUCGUAACACUUCUCGGUUGUUGCACGGACAAAGAUCCUGUUUUCGUCAUUAUGGAAUACGUUUGCGGUGGGAAACUGCAGUCCUUUUUAAGGAAAUCCAGGGCCGAUCAUUACUAUGGCAACUUAUAUGGCGCUAGCAGCCACUUGAGCUCACGCGAUCUCACUUCAUUUGCCUAUCAAGUUUCGAGAGCCAUGGAAUUUUUGGCUAAUAAAGGAAUUAUUCAUCGUGACCUGGCGGCCCGCAAUGUACUCAUCAACGACGAACGCGUCUGCAAAGUUGCUGAUUUCGGAUUCGCACGCGACAUCAUGGGAAAUCACAUUUACGAGCGGAAGUCGGAAGGUCGUUUGCCAAUACGCUGGAUGGCACCCGAAAGUCUCUACGAUAACGUUUUCUCAUCCAAGACAGAUGUUUGGAGUUUUGGCGUCCUUCUCUGGGAAAUCGUCACAUUGGGAUCAACUCCUUACCCGGGCAUGGCAGCUGGAGAAGUUAUGCGAAAGGUUCGCGAAGGAUACCGACUAGAGAAGCCGGAACACUGCAAGAGGGAGGUGUACAACGUCAUGUUUUACUGUUGGGAAAAGGACGCUGCUCAACGACCAGCUUUUAGCGAACUGGUGCAGCUACUUGAACAGUUGCUCAUGUCCGAAACGGACUACAUCGAGCUGGAGAGGUUCCCGGACCAUUCGUACUAUAACAUGGUUCCACCGACGGACGAAAAAGUUUGAGAAAGGGAAACAUAUUUCCCAUCUACUAUAAGGAAUGGUUGUUGUUGUUAUGUCUUUUUUACUCCAGUGGUUGAUUUUUCCCGCAAUAAUGUUCAACUCCUGCAAGCUGCAACAAUACUUAUAAUUAUUAGAACAGAAAUGGUGCCUUUAAACGUUAAAACAUUGUAAAUGUGAGAUGAACUGAUAUAGGUACAUGUACAGUGUCUCUUUGAUAAAAAAAAAAUUCCUUCUCUUA